AUGAGUAAAUGUAUAAAGAUAAUUGCCAUUAGACAAUUACUCAAUGAAAAUUUAGUUUAACCUUAUUUCCUAUAAUUUCUAAAUGAUAGAGUUCCAUUUAAUUCUUUUCAAAUAAGAAAUCAUUAAAGGAUUGUGAAUAUAUUACAAUAUUAGAAUCUAUCGAUGAAAAUGAUAUUAUUAUUCAUAGUUGUAUUGAUUGCGAUAAAUUGUUAUGUAAUAUUAAAGUUUAUAAACUGUCACUUGUUAUAAAUAUUAAUUCGAAUGAUGAAUAAUACUACCGAAUACCCAUCUCAAAUAACUGAGACGAUUUAAGGAAUCACUUUUUCGAGUUCAUUUGAUUCUGGUAAUCUGAAGAGUGUUCGCCGAGAAAAUAGUGGAAGAUACAUCCUUAAUAUAUCAAGUGAUUGGGGUAUAAAUGGUAGGACAACGAAUUAUAGAACAUGGUUUUAUUUCUCAGUCUCUGGAGUCAAUGAAGGAGAACUCACAUUCGUCGUAGCCAAUCUACAAAACUAAAUGGGACUUUUUAAAGAUGGAAUGUAACCAGUCUUUAGGAAUUGUCAUUCCUCUUAAUGGGAAAGAUUAAAAUAGCCAUGCUACUACCGCUUAGUUCCAGAGGGUCAUUUUGAAAUAACUUUUAAGCAUCUAUUUCUCAAUGAUUCAACAGUUUAUUUUGCUUUUUUUUAUCCAUGGAGUUGCGAAGACAACAAUAAUUUUCUAUAAUAAUGUUAAGCUAUGUCUCUUUAAGUAACUGACAUUUAUUAUGAUAAUUCAAUACUGGCUUACUCAAAAGAAGGUAGACCGAUCAAUCUAAUAACAAUAACACAAGGAUCAUCAUAAAUUAAGGAAGAACCUAUACCUGGUUUAUUUCCUUAAAGUAGACCUUAGCACUUCAAGAAACCACAUAUUUUUAUUUCUGCUAGAGUGCAUCCUGGAGAAGUGCCGGGAUCGUUUGUUAAUAAUGGAUUGAUGAAGUAUCUGCUCAAAGCAAAUGACCCAGUAGCGUAAGUGGCAAGGGAGAAAUACGUUUGGAGUAUUGUUCCCAUAAUUAAUCCUGAUGGAGUCUAUAGAGGACACUAUCGAACUGAUUCCCUAUGUUAAAAUUUGAAUAGAUAUUAUCUAUCACCUUCAAAGGAGGAUCAUCCAACUAUUUAUGCAAUUAAAGAAUACAUAAUGCGUCUUCAAAAUACAGAUAGACUUUAUGCAUAUAUAGAUUUGCAUGCUCAUGCUGGUCAUAAAGGAGUUUUUAUUUAUGGGAAUUAAUUGCCUUCUUUAAGUUAACAUACAUCAAAUUGCAUUAUUCCUAGAUUGAUUAGCUUAUAUUCUGAAAUCUUUGAUUACGAUGCAUGUAAUUUUACUGAGAAAAACAUGUAUGCAGCUGAUAAAGGAGAUGGGUUAAGCAAGGAAGGGUCUGGGAGAGUGGCCUUUUAUAAGAUUUGCGGAAUUGUGCAUAGUUAUACCUUAGAAUGCAAUUAUAACACAGGAAGAAUUACGAAUAUUAUGUAUGAAGAUAGUGGAAAUAAUUUAUACAAAGAUGAAUAAUUAGAUGAAAACGUUGUUUUGGGUUCUGUAUACACUUCAAAUCCAAAAUCAUAUUUUUUUACAAUUUAAGAUUACGAAUAAGUUGGAGUCGGAAUAGUUAAUGCAUUUUUAGAUUUUAAUCUGUUAAACCCUAUGAGUAGAUUGUCAGCUUCUCCUUUUAAAACCUUAGCUAAUUUGAGAACAUUCUUAGCAUAUAAUAUCAUGAGAACUAUGCAUUAUAGAUAUGAACCAUAUUUAAGGAAGAUAUUAAAAUUUAUUAAUAACAAAGAAUAAGUGAAUAGGGUAUUGAAAGCUUUUUAUGAUUAUAUAUGCAGCGGAUAGAUUAAAGAUAAUUUAGAAGGUAAUUAAGAAGUUGUUGUAUAAAAACCAUAAACUAGAUAUUAAAAGGCUUAGGAAAUAAAGAAAGAAAAAUAAGAAAAAUAAGAGAAAUAAUAAAAAUAAUAGUAAUAAUAAUAAUAAAAAAUUUAACAAUAAUAAUAGUAAUAAUAGUAAUAAUAAUAAUAAUAAUAAUAAUAAUAAUAAUAAUAAUAAUAAUAGUAAUAAUCUUAAAAAUAAUAGUUCAGAAAAUCUUAAUAUGAAUAAGUACCUGUUAAAUAAUAUCCAUUCUCUGAAGUAGAUUUAGAUUCAAGAUAAAUGAGAACUUAAAGUUAAGGGAAAGCAAGGGCUAGAUCUGAAACAAAAUAAUAAUAGUAAGUCUAAUAAUAAUAAUAAAAACCACAGAGGGCAUUUAAAAUUAAAAGAAAUGUGAAAAUAUGA